CCACAAGAAGAGAAACUCUUGGACCAUCACCGAAACCUGAAGCUCGCAAACCGCGUUCAUGGCGGAACUUCUGUAGUGUACUGUAUACACAUCACUCAUAGCGAGUUCCCAACUUCGCAAGCAACGAUGGCUCUCGCUUCAACAGCGACCUUCGCUCUCUCUCUUCUUCUCUUUCUUCCGAUUCUAUCAUCGGCAAUAUUAGAAAAAGAAGAAGAAGAAUUUUCCGAGGAGUUGCUAUUGAAACCCUUACCCGAUCGUAAAGUGCUUGCGCAUUUUCACUUCCAAACCGAAGCUUCUAUGUCUGAAGAUUCCUUCGCUCGUCACCAUCAUCUCUUCCCUAAAUCUAUUUCUCAGCUGGUUAAGAAAUUUCACAUUAAAGCAAUGGAGUUAUCCUUCACUCAAGGUCGAUGGAACUAUGAAAGAUGGGGUGGAUUUGAUCCAAUAUCAAGCCAAAAUGCAAAGCCUCCUGGAGUUGAAUUGUGGGCAGUCUUUGAUGUCCCACAACAUCAGGUUGACGCUUCUUGGAAAAAUUUAACUCAUUCUCUGUCAGGUCUAUUCUGCGCUUCAAUAAACUUCCUAGAGUCUUCUAGCUCUUAUUCUGCUCCUAAAUGGGCAUUUCAGUCAGCCUUAGGUCGUUUAAGAUAUGGCACACUGCCGCGUGAAGCUGUAUGCACAGAGAAUCUAACUCCCUGGUUGAAACUCCUUCCUUGUCGAGAUAAAGCUGGACUUUCGGCCUUAAUGGAUAGACCGUCUAUUUACAGAAGCUUUUAUCAUUCACAGCGAUUGCACUUGACAGCAUCAAGAACUGUUGCUGAUGGGUUGGAUUCAGGAAUUAUUCUAGAACAAGCGCUUACAGUUGUUCUUGAGCCUAAUAUUCAGAGAGCUGGCAUGAGCUAUCCAAGUGAAACAAAGAUUCAACCAAGCUGGUCUCUGAGUUCAAUAUUUGGACGAAAAAUAAAUGGAAGAUGUGUUCUUGCCAAGUCGAGUAAUGUUUACCUUCAAGUUGAAAGGGGUCUAGUUACUAAACUUGAAGAGCUCCAGGAGAAUACUGCUGCAUAUGCUUCUAAUGACAUAGGUACAGAUGAUUUGAGGUGGAAUCUUGGCUUUGACUUAACUGUUACCCCAGACAGGGUCCAUAGAGAGCUGGAAAAAAACUCAGUUCUGUAUGAAUAUUCAAUCAAUGGGUACAAAGACACCGAACAGUUUGAUUUAGGCCUAACUUGGAAGCAUCCAGUUGUUUGGUCCAGUUCACACGCACCUUUAUAUGCCAGUAGAUUUUUAAUGGGAAGUGGAAAUGAAAGGGGUUCGAUUGCAAUAUCCUUGAAAUCUACGGAUUUGACUAAGGGCUUCGUUGCAGCCAGUGAUCUUGAAGAGAGGUGUAAGUUACAAGUUAAUGUUCUCCAAAUUGUGCCUUGGUAUAUUAAGGUAUAUUACCACACCUUACAAUUAUUAGUAGAUGAAAAGCCUCAAGUAGUCACAGACUUUGUUGAGAGAAUGAGUGUUUCACCUUCUGAAGACAAAGUAUCACUAGGGAUGAUGGAGCUGAUCCUCAUGCUUCCUUGUGACAUUAAAUCUGCUGUAUUAAAUAUAGAGUUUGAUAAGGGUUUCUUGCACAUUGAUGAAUACCCUCCAGAUGCUAAUCAAGGAUUUGAUAUCCCAUCAGCAAUAAUAAGCUUUCCUGAUUUUGAUGCUGGUUUGCAAUUUUCUAACAACUCUAUAAGCAACUCACCGAUGCUGUCUAAAUUACAGGAAAACAGACCCGUUCUUUCAUAUACAGAAGUUUUGCUUGUACCCUUGACAACUCCUGAUUUCAGUAUGCCUUACAACGUCAUCACAAUUACAUGCACAAUUUUUGCAUUGUAUUUUGGAUCUUUGCUAAAUGUACUCCGAAGACGUGUUGGAGAGGAGGAAAGACUUUUGAAAAACAAAGAUGCAAACAAAGUUGCGUUCCUUCGUCGAAUACUAAAUAAAUUGCCUGCAAGGCUUAGGGGGCGAUCAUCAGAAUCCACUCAACCAGAACAACAAUCAUCAUCAUCCUUCAUUAAUCCAAUAUUGAUUCUUAAAGUACUAUUGGUUGCAGGAAUAGCUGUUGUAUGGCAAUACUACUCAAAAUGAUACCAUCCAAUUUGAUAGUGUUAGUUGUGUAUUAUAUUCUGAUCAAGAACUAAUUAUGUACAAUAUAGCUUUACUUCCACUGUGUAAUGUGUUUGCAUUCAUGCCUGUUUUAAUUGAUCGGAAUCACACAUGAUUACAGUUAACGCGUGUAAA